UCGUUAUGCUUCGUUAUUCGGUUAUUCUUUAACGAGAAGCAGAAGUGAUAGUGUCGUUUUCGGGUCUCGUGAAAAUUCGUUGUGAAUAAUUUUCUUAAAAAUUGUGGGAAAAGUAAAAAAUUCAGUGAAAAUCAAAGAAAAUAAUUCCACUCUUUCGUAUCUGCCGAAAUAAUUAUCGCGCAAGUAAAAUUUUGACGCUCAUGAAGAAGAAGGUGUGCGUGUGAAUAUAUGGCUCUACUUAGGUGGCGUAACCAAUUAAAACUAAAUUGUGAUCAGCGCUACCAAAAUAUAAUAUCGAUACUUAUACUAAGUGCUCAUUUGUGAUUUCCGAUUUGCGAUCUUCGACAUUCUCCAGACAUAAAAAAAAAAAAAUUAUGUGUGCAUGUACAUAUGUUUGUAUGUAAAUACUGGCCAACUCUGCAUAAUAUACUACUUAAAUCUGAAUAAGUAAUUUGUGUAUUUUCGUCUUGAAUGGUGAACUAAAGUCUUAUUACCUGGCAUUUAGUGGACUUUUAAAAAUGAUUAAACGUCAAAUAACUUGCAUAUGCAGCACUGAAUAAAGAUUUGCGGGUGCUUUCAUACCGUUUUCACUACUACAUACAUGCAUAUUUACGGUAGAUAAAUUCAUUGUUAAAAAGUUUGUCUGUGCAUAAAUCCUCGAAAAUUUUCUUCGAGUCCCUCCGUGCUCAUGCUUCAGAAACGCAUUCAAUUGCUGCUAACAUUAGUUGUUAAGCUGUAAAGUUCUACGAGUAUUUCAACAAAAUACAACUACAACAUCGUCACGACAAUAACAAUAAUAACAGAGGACCACGUACAAAUUGUUACAUUUUGUAGUUUCCAUCCGUGCGUAAAUUUUAGUGUGUUUGGUGCUUAAAAACUUAAUUGAGGGUCCAAAUCCGAAAGGAUAAUCGACAGUUUUGAAAUCAGAAAACAUGUCUACAAUGGCAAUUGUUUGCUGCGCAUAAUUUUCCGCACUUGCAUAAAGCAUUGUAAAUGGAUCCAACAGUGGGCUUAAGUCUCCAUUUAUCGCCUACAAUAGUCAACUCUAUUAGCAAUUGUAGCGUUCCAGCGUUGCUUCGUUUCAAAACAAAAAAAUGAAGAAUUGAACAAAAUUUCAUUAAAAUGAGCUGCUCGCACAAAUCUACAUUAGAAAGCACAAAAGCGAAUGCACAAGCACAUUAUUAGAAAUAUAAAUGUCAUAAAAUUAAUACACACCACACCAACACACGACUCAGAGCUAAAAAUCAAGCCUGAACUUUGCCAUAUUUUACAGUAUUCGCUAGGAAAUUAAAUGAAGCCAAUAAUUGCAGCAUCAACAACUACAACAAUAAACGAAACAUAUCGAGCCGCCGCUAGAACGCACCAUACACACUUAUACAUAUACGCAAAUGUGGCAACAGCAAGCAGAAAAAAUAACAAUAAAUAAAAUAGCAGCAAUGGUAGUAGAGUCCCAGUCGAGCACAUUCUUCAUUCACAUUUCAAAUUAGUGGCGUGGAAAAGGAAUUGCGUGCGACGGAAGAACAUACGAACAGUCGUUGGGUCAUUUGGCACGAAGCACGACAAACCAGAGCGAACGCAUAGCAACAGCGUAUUGCGACAGUACACGAAGAAGAACCAACUGUCUCAAUCGCACGAGAAGUCAACAAUCGCAAUCGGUAACGGAAACAGGUAUUGGCGUUGAACUCAAUUGUUUGACAGGCCAUCUGUAAGCCAUAUUACUUGUCCCUGCGAGAGAUUUUGUAUUUUCCUCAACCGAACAGUGAGCGAGUGAGUGAGUGAGUGACUGAUUCAUACAUACAUACUUACAACGUUGUACAUACAUAUUCAUAUGUAAUGACACGCCAUUAGAAGAAAAGGCGUUAAAAUACCAAUAAUUGGUAGAGCCGCAAUAAACAUUUAACUUGAACAUAAAAGUUACGCUUAUGUAAGCAGUGUGCGCCAUUAACUUCAGCCUAUAAUAAGAUUAUCGGCCCUUUAUUGAAGCGCAGCAACUAAAAAACGGUCUCAAAAACUGCUACUUAAAAGGCCACAACAGACAUAGUCCGCCGCGCCCACCAACUCUUUUCUGCGGCAAUACGUGCAAGCCGCAUUUGAAUAUAUCCGAGAGUGAAGAGAUUUUUUUUUUCCAGCCGGCCAAAGGAUACAAUAAAAAACCGCCAACCUGGAACUAAUGGAAUUAGAGAAUAUUGUGGCCAAUACGGUCUACUUGAAAGCCAGAGAAGGUGGUUCCGACAGCAACAAAGGCAAAAGCAAAAAAUGGCGCAAAAUUCUACAAUUUCCACACAUAUCGCAGUGUAUACACCUCAGAGACAAAUUAGAUAUAAGCUAUGGUUACGUGAUAGACCAACAACCCAUUGGCCGUAUAUUGUUUAGACAGUUUUGUGAAAGCAAGCGGCCCAUUUAUUUUAGGUACAUUUCCUUCCUGGAUGAAGUGCAGCGAAUAUCUUUUUUGCUAUCUUCAACUUCGAAAUUUAGAUAUGACGUGGAAUACGAUGAGAAUCGUAUAUCCAUUGCUGUCGACAUUGGUCGGCGCUUUUUGGCCAUUGACACGCCUACGGCGUUGAAUAAUGGCAUUUGUGAUAUCGGCGAUGAGAAUGAUGUCAAUGAUGCCAAUAUCACCAAUUCCACCGUUGAAAGUAACACUGCAGCAGAGACUGAAAAUUGCAACAAUACCACCGCCAACAAGAGCAGCAGCAACAAUCACAAAAUAUACGAACGUCACAAUGGGGACGAACACAAUGGCAACGAUCAUCUACAGCAGCAGCAGCAGCAGCAGCAGCAGCAACAAAACCAGCAACAGCGGGAUGACACUGCGAUACAAUGUAAUGAUGCCGGUGGCUCUGGUGGCGGUGAUAGUGGUGUGGAUGCCGGCGAUACAGUUGGUGGUGGAAGCGGUGAAGGGAGUGGCGGAGGAGGCGGCUGUGACGACAACGGUGGAGGUGGUGGUGAUAAGGAAAGCAAUUGCCUGUAUACUGCGGGCGGUAAAAAACUGAAUUUAUUCAACCGCGACGAACUAGUGCUGGAUGUGCUCAACGAUGAUCUCAUUGCGCGCGUACGGGACAAAAUCACUAGCGGCAACAAGGAGCUCUUCGAACCAUGUGUGACUGCGGUGAAAGCCUUUCUAGCUGGUGAACCAUUUCGAGAAUUCGAGACUUCAAUGUAUUUCCAUCGAUAUUUGCAAUGGAAAUGGCUGGAGGCGCAACCCAUCACCUACAAAACGUUUCGUAUGUACCGCGUACUGGGCAAAGGUGGCUUCGGCGAGGUCUGUGCAUGUCAGGUACGUGCCACUGGUAAAAUGUACGCUUGCAAAAAACUCGAAAAGAAGCGCAUAAAAAAACGUAAAGGCGAAUCGAUGGUGCUGAUAGAAAAACAGAUUUUGCAAAAAAUAAAUUCCCGCUUUGUUGUGAACUUGGCAUAUGCGUAUGAGACCAAAGAUGCGCUCUGCUUAGUGCUAACGAUUAUGAACGGUGGUGACUUAAAAUUCCAUAUCUAUAAUAUGGGCGGUGAUCCGGGUUUCGAAAUGGUGCGAGCACGAUUUUACGCAGCCGAAGUGGUGUGCGGACUCGAACAUCUACACCAACAGGGUAUUGUGUAUAGAGAUUGUAAACCAGAAAAUAUAUUGCUGGACGAUCAUGGCCAUGUGCGAAUAUCAGAUUUAGGUUUAGCCGUUGAAAUACCGGAAGGUGAAAUGGUGCGCGGGCGUGUCGGUACCGUAGGUUACAUGGCACCUGAAGUGAUCGACAAUGAAAAAUACUCAUUCUCGCCGGACUGGUUUAGUUUCGGUUGUUUAUUAUACGAAAUGAUCGAGGGUCAGGCACCUUUUCGUAUGCGCAAGGAAAAAGUGAAACGCGAAGAAGUUGAUAGGCGUGUGAAGGAGGAUCCUGAAAAGUAUUCAAGCAAAUUUAGCGAUGAGGCAAAGUCAUUAUGCCAGCAAUUGCUUGCGAAAUCCAUAAAAGUGCGACUUGGCUGUCGUAAUGGACGAUAUGGUGCGCGUGAGGUGAAAUUACAUCCAUUCUUUAACUGCAUCAACUGGAAACGGUUAGAAGCUGGCAUGGUGAAGCCUCCAUUCGCACCAGAUCCUCAUGCCGUCUACGCCAAGGAUGUACUCGACAUUGAACAAUUCUCUACCGUCAAGGGUGUUAAUAUUGACGAUUCCGAUACGAAUUUUUAUAGUAAAUUCAAUACUGGCUCCGUGUCGAUUUCAUGGCAAAACGAAAUGAUGGAAACAGAAUGCUUUCGCGAACUGAACGUAUUCGGCGUCGAUGACAGUCCAACGCCAGAUUUGUUGAUCAAUGCGGCGCCGGUGCCGGAAAAAGCUGGCUGUUUUCCUUUUAGAAGAAAGAAGAAGCAACCGCUGCGCACCCAGCCAAUACCCAUUCCCGAACACUUACUAACCACUAGUCACAGCGUUUCCUCGACUACGGUUGAAAGCUGAUAGAAUAGAGAUAAGUAGAA